AUGAAAACUGCUCCCCAAACACCUGAUGGCAAAACCACCUACCCUUCUGAUGGCAUGCUUCCAAGCAUUGUCCGAAUUGAGGAGUGUCCAUACAGGAAACACAAUCCUGAUGGUAUCCUCCUGCAGCAAAUGGGACGAAGCUACGCCGACAGCUUGUUCAACCGUCCAGACCUCAGCAACCUCGAUCAGGCCACGCGAGCGGUUGCUGAUCCAUCAGCAACUCUGACAAUCCAAGGGUUGCAAGAAAACAGUGAGUCGACGAUGAACUUCGGCGAGCACCGCGCCGGAAUUGCCGCACUCGCCGAUGACGCGCCAAUGACCCCAUCCCCAGCAAGGCAUUCCAAGAAGCUCCAACCCGGAGGCGAAAUUGUAGGCCUAGGUGUUGAGCAUAUUGACAAGCUUCUCAAGGAAUCUAAGAAUGGUGGCCUACACUACAUCUUCCAUGCUUGUUGCAGCGAGGAGGGUCUUGGUCCUCCCCUGGAUCGCAUCACAUUCUUCCGCUGGUGGUUUCAAAAGAGCUCAACCUAUAUAGUUAAACGCGAUUAUAAAUCUUAG